CUGUAAACUUCCAAGCUAGGCAGUAACAUCUCAGCCAUUGACACACUCACUCAGUAGAAUUUCGGCUGGGACUGCGACUUCCUGGUGGCAGAGUGCGGGCAAAACUAGGUCUAAAACGAGGUAACGGAAAACAACACAACGUCAAGAUGUCUGAGAAAGAGGACUCUAAGAAGGACGUUGCGGAGAAGAACGCCGCCACGCGCUUUGGGCUGGAAGAUCACGAGGCAACUCAGCAGGAUGCACGUGUAACCACAUUGCGGACGGAACACGUACGACGUUCCUCGAUGAUGCCGACGGACAAGCGACACAACAAGUCGACCUCGCGGCUAAUGAGCGUCAAUGACCAAUGGGCCAUCCCCAGAAGCCCUGACGAGGACGACUCCGAUAAUGCGGCCAACGAACCGAGUCGGGCGGACCAGAAGGUCAAAGUCCAAGAUAGGGAGGAUCCCAGCGACAAUGAGCAAUCGUCUGCUGUUCGCCAAAUGGGGCCGACAUCGGAUUCACAAGUUUCGCAACCCGCCUACGACGCCGACAGCUCCGGAACGGAUGGGGAAAGGAAGAGUCCACUUUACACAGUGGCUCCGCCAGUAGCACUUCCCAUGCUGGCGAGUCCGCAACCAGUGGUGCAGGACCCGGUACCGGAAGCGGAAUCUGAAUACAAAACGGACCCGCCAAAGCCAAGGCCAGAGGAUGUGCCUUUGCCACCGCCCAUCAUGAUGCCGAUCACGCCUCGUGAAUCUAGGGCUCUAGAACCGGCCGGCAGCGCCGACGACGUGCAGAGCAGCCUAAGCAAGUUAACCAACACAGACGUGACUUUUAAUCCGUCCAAGAAGUUCGCGACCAAGGGCACCAACACGUCCGGCACCAUGAUCUCAGAAAGCGAUGAGGAGUCGGAUGAUGAAGCCUUUCUCCCGGAGUCAUUCCCCGCCAGCGAUCUGAAGAGUCUAUUUCUGCUCGCUUGCCGCGAGGCAAGGUCAGCGGGAGAAAUAGCGCGGGCAGAUAACGAGAAGGGCGAGGAAGACGCCAAGGAUCAGAAGGAGUCUGACCCGGAAAACCGCACCGAUAGUUUGGUCGAAAGCACGUUCAUCAAUGCCAUCAGCUCCAGGUUUCCCGAUCACAUAUUCAUCACUGGGGAGCGAAUAGCCAAAUCAGAGUCUGGAAUGGUUGACUUGACAGAAAAGCCCACCUGGAUAAUCGAUCCCAUCGAUGGUGCCAUGAACUAUGCCCACCACUUUCCGUACUACUGCAUGUCCGUGGCUUAUUUGGUGGACAAGCAGACAGAGUUCGGGAUCAUCUACAAUCCGCCCAUGAAGAACAUGUACACGGCCCAGCGGGGUAAGGGAGCGAAGAUGAACGGAAAGGAAAUCAGGACAACCAAACAGGUGGAUUUGUCCUCGGCACUGGUACUGCAGGAGAUUGGUUCGGGGGGCAACGAUCAGCAAGGCCGCAUGGCCAUGGAAAACGCCAAACGGUUGGCGAAGGUUGUCCAUGCGAUGCGCUCAAUUGGCUCUCCUGUCAUGGGCCUGGCCAUGGUAGCGUCUGGUGCGGCAGACGCCUAUUUCAACUUUGGUCUCCACGUUUGGCACAUGGCCGCAGGCGUGAUCCUGGUCACCGAGGCCGGCGGCCAUGUGAUGGACCCAGCUGGCGGCGAGCUGGAUAUCAUGUCCCGCCGGUGCUUGGUGGCGUCCACAGGGCGUUUAGCCCAGGACCUCGGCAGCCGCUUGGAACAGAGCUAUCCGUCACCGCGUGAUGACGAACCGCGCAAACCGGAAAUGCAGGAUUUCACCAGCCAGACGGACUUCCCCGAAACCGAUAGCUCGGAAACUGAAACCAACGCACCUGCCCCCUAAACUGCCCAUCAGGAAGUCCAGUUGAAAUUCGACGAGUAAAGUUACAUUUGAUAAAUUGACAA